AUUCUUAUGAUUGCAUGUCAGUCACGGGUGCCCCUACCCACCCACGCACCCAGUUCAUAAUAUAUAUUAUUACAUCGAUGUUCUUCGUUCAAACAGCGAAGCUCGAUUUGCGUGGUGCUCUGCCGCCCGCCGGAGAGGAUGGCGAUGACCGUGCAAGACGGAGAACUUGCCAAGUGUCUGUCUGACUAACUUACUGGAUUGUAUGCUCCUGCUGGCUGGAUGAUGUCUUCUGUGAACUCACUCUUGCUUGAUGUCUGUCUUCACAGUUUUCCAGAUCUUCUGCUGUUGCAGCUGGCUUGCUGGCCUUGCGUGUAUGUUCUCCACCAGCGUUCUCUUCCAAAUCCUGGUACGACCCUGCAGCAAUGGAGGGGUCUUCUUCUGCUCACAGUCGUCAACAAAAAUCCCCUCCAUUGUCAGCAAGAGGUACAGGACUGCCUACCACUUCCAGCCUCCCAAGAACUGGAUGAAUGAUCCAAGUGGACCAAUGUACUACAAUGACAUCUAUCAUGAGUUCUACCAGUAUAACCCCGAUGGCUCCAACAGUCCCAGUCUCUCCUAUAACAUAGUUUGGGGCCAUUCAGUUUCAACAGACCUCGUCAACUGGAUCGGUCUUGAACCCGUACUAGUACCGGAUACCCCAAGUGACAUAUGCGGUUGCUGGACCGGCUCAGCCACAAUUCUACCUGGUAAUCAACCAGCGAUCACAUACACUGGUCUCAUCAACAUGGAGAAGCAUCAGGUCCAAAACAUUGCGCUUCCCAAAAACCGGUCUGAUCCGUACCUCAGGGAAUGGACCAAAGCAGGCAAUAACCCAGUGAUCCAACCGGUCAUACCAGGCUUGAACUCGAGCCAGUUCAGGGAUCCGACAACUGGUUGGAUCGGACCAGAUGGACUAUGGAGAAUAGCAGUUGGUGCUGAUCUGAACGGCUCCAGUACUGCACUUUUGUACAAGAGUGAAGACUUCUUGAAUUGGAAUAGUGUUGAACACCCGCUGUAUUCAUCCAAUUCCUUCGACAUGUGGGAGUGCCUGGAUUUCUUCGCGGUAUUGUCGGGAAGUAACGGUGGACUGGACAUGUCUUCAGCAAUCCCUAAUGGCGCCAAGCAUGUCCUCAAAAUGGGCAUGGAUUACAGCGACAAGUACAUGAUUGGGGUUUAUGAUCUCAAACGUGAUGUCUUCGUGCCAGAUACUGUCAUAGACGACUAUCGGCUGUGGCUGAGGAUCGAUUAUGGAAAUUUCUAUGCUUCAAAAUCGUUCUUUGACUCAAAACAGGGUAGGAGGAUCAUAUGGGCUUGGAGCAACGAGACAGAUGCUUCUUCAGAUGAUGUUGCAAAAGGCUGGGCAGGAAUCCAUUCAAUCCCCAGGACAAUUUGGUUAGACAGCGAUGGCAAGCGGUUGUUGCAAUGGCCAGUUGAAGAGAUUGAGUCCCUUCGAAGAAAUGAAAUCAACCAUCAGGGACUAGAGCUGAAGAAGGGAGAUCUAUUUGAGAUUAAGGGAAUUGACACUUUGCAGGCUGACGUCGAGAUAGAUUUUGAGCUGACAUCCAUCGAUGACGCCGAACCUUUUGAUCCUUCCUGGCUUUUAGACGCUCCGAAGCAGUGCCGGGAAGCUGAUGCAUCGGUUCAUGGUGGCAUAGGGCCAUUUGGACUUGUUAUCCUGGCCUCCGACAACAUGGAGGAGCAGACUGUUGUGCAUUUCAGAGUUUACAAAUCACAGGAAAAGUACAUGAUCCUCAUGUGCACUGACCUAAGAAGGUCUUCCCUGAGACCAGGACUGUACACACCAGCCUAUGGAGGCUUCUUUGAAUUUGACCUUGAAAAAGAAAGGAAGAUCUCUCUCAGAACUCUGAUUGAUCGGUCGGCGGUGGAGAGCUUCGGAGGUGGUGGCAGGGUCUGCAUAAUGGCUAGAGUUUAUCCGGUGGCGCUUGUCAAUGAUGAUGGCGGCCCUCACAUGUUUGCCUUUAACAAUGGAAGUGCCACGGUCAGAGUGCCUCAGCUCAGGGCAUGGAGCAUGAGGAGAGCGCAAGUGAGCGUUUAACACGAAAGAGCAAUUCUAUGUGACAUGUGAUUGGAGUUAAAUCUAGUCAUUUGUUGAUUUCAAUAUUUAGCAUGGGUUUUUGAAGCAGAGGCGUGAAGUAGACGCCGGCGAGCUACGAUUUAAAUUUGCAGAGAUUUGGAAUAAAUAGUGUGAGCUUGUGCAUGCGAGAAUUCAUGACGGAAAAUGCGUUUGCGCUUGCGAGAUUGUGAGAUAUGGUGCCGCUCAUUGUGUUUCCUGAAUGAUAUGGAUUAAGGACAUCUCUUGCUUCAGUUCUGCA